UCUCUCUCUCUCUCUCUCUCUCUCUCUCUCUCUCUCUGUCUCUCUCUGUGAUGCCGGGCUGUGGGUGAGUGUAUGCCUGUGACCAGACUGAAGCUGGGGAAGCUAAAGGUGGUGCGGCGGCAGCUGCUGCAGAGGUACGAACACCAGCCGUUUGUGUCCUGCCUGGCCGGCCUCUAUGGCUGCCAAUGGAGACGAUACCAGAGAGCCCGGGCCCAGCCAGGAGAGUGCUGCUGCAGCAGGGUGGAGUGUGGCAGUUUUGGCCUCCUGAUCCUCACCUUCUUCCUGAGUUUUUUGUUCCUCUAUUUCUGGAGUGAAGCUCAGAACGACUACAUCGACUUCGACUGGUUCAACUUUGGGACUCUGGGCUUCUGGUUUCCCUGGUCUCUGGUCCUGCUGGUGGUCGCUGCUGCUCUCUUCACAUACAUCGCUCUACUGUUGGUGCUGGCAGUGUGUCUGCUCUCUGAGGGACAGAGGCUGUACCUUCACUGGAGCCACAAGACUGGCAUCGUGGUGGCGUUGGCCUUCUCCGUCACAGCCACCGCCAUCUUGUCUGACCUCUGGAGCAAAGAAUGGAAGACUCUCCUUCUCUCGCUGCAGGUGACUGCGCCGUUCCUCCACGUGUCCGCGGUCUCACUAAUGGCCAUCCUCUCCUGGCCAAUAGCGUUGCACUUCUUCCGCAUGAACAAGAGAGUGCGUCAGGUGGCUGUUCUGGGACUCUACCUGUCCGUGCUCUUCUCCCUCUACCUGGUCCCUCUGGGAAUGUACUCGCCCUGCAUUAAAGAGGCAGGAACGCUGGGACCCGCCCCAACACUCAUCGGACACAGAGGAGCUCCGAUGCUUGCUCCAGAGAAUACUGUGAUGUCGUUUGAGAAGGCAGUGGAAGCUGGAGGAGAAGGACUGGAGACUGACGUCACCAUCAGUUAUGAUGGGGUUCCCUUCCUGAUGCACGACUCCACUCUGAGCAGAACCACCAAUGUCGCAGAGGUUUUCCCAAACCGAACACACGCCGACGCCUCCAUGUUCACCUGGGCCGAGCUGCAGCAGCUGAAUGCUGGCGACUGGUUCUUAUCGAGGGAUCCCUUUGGGACUGUGUCGUCCCUGUCCGAGGCGGACUGCUCCCAGGCCCAGAACCAGUCUGUUCCCUCACUGGCCCAGUUUCUGGAGUUGGCGGCCUGUAGCGAUAAACUAGUGCUGUUUGACCUGCACAGGCCAUCGUACGGACAUCCCUACUAUCAGUCAUACAUCAACACCACUCUCCAGGUGGUGCAGGCCCACAUCAACUCCUCACAGGUGAUGUGGCUGCCAGCUGAGGACAGGGAGCUGGUCCAGGCUGUGGACCCAGAGCUGCAGCAGACCUCUGGAGAAAAGGCGUCUAUUCAGGAGCUGACAGACGGCCACAUCACCAGACUGAACCUGCACUACAGCACCAUGUCACAACAACAGUUCAGUAAGUACCAGUCGGUGAACAUCAGCACCAACCUGUAUGUGAUCAGCCAGCCGUGGCUCUACACUCUGGCCUGGUGUGCCGGAGCUCAGUCCGUAACCACCAACUCCGUCCACAUCCUGUCCAACAUCAACAAGCCGCUCUUCCUCAUGGUGAGCACAUUCGCUACUUUUAAGAAGGAGUCUUUCAAUAAGUGCUGUAGGUUAUUUUCUAUGAGUUGUGUCACGUGUGGGACAGUGGUGCAGUGUGUGUGUGUGUGUGUGUGUGUGUGUGUGUGUGCGCCUGCGUGUGCUCUGCUGGAGUGGGAAGUUAAAAUAAAACUGCAGGUCGCUCUAACCAGACGGAUGGAGUCAACAAAUGAAAAUGAAAAGAAGAGUAAAGCAGGUCAUGAACUGCUCAGCAGCUGCACAGUCCUGCUCUGAGCCGGUGUCUGUAUCAGCAGAAGUCCGUUUAAAAAACCUUUAAAAAACCUUUACAGUGUUUCUCAGUAAUCUCAGUGGAUGGACACAAAAAACAGAAUCUCUUUACAUUCACAAACAGCACUCUGACACAUUAGGGCUGCCCCCUCUUAGUCGACAAAAUGGUCGUUUUAGUCUUAGCCGACUAAGAUGUCUUCUGUCAACUUAUUUCAUGCUGAAUCACUUAUUUCCAAGAAGUUUAUGAACACAUUUCUGGUAAACAGAAGAUUUAAAGUGGUGCUUUUGUGUGAUUCUUUGUGGAGAAAUGAAAUCAACUAAUCGAUCAGUGUUGGUCAACUAAGAAGUUCUUUGGUCGGGGACGGCCCUCGACACGACACGUCACUUUCUACAGCUACCGUGGUGUCUUCCUGAUUCUAGCAGCUGAUCCCUCAUCAGCUUCUCAUCAGCUUCAUCUUUCAUCUCAUUUUCUGGGUUUUUGUUUUGGAAGCCUCUCGUGUUCUCCCGUCCUGCGGUUCCACUCUCUGUCUGAACUGUUACUGAUGAUUACUGUAGAUCAUGUCAAAUUUUUCUUAAACAAAUUUUUACAGUUUUAAUUAAUAAAUAAAAAAUAAUUUUAAACUCAAUGUUCUUUCAUCUAUUAUUUAAUUGCUUUUGAUUUAAUUGGCUGAUGUUUAAGGAUUUUGCUGUAGCCUGUGGGCUGCACGGGGGUGUGAUAGCACCGUGCAGCCCACAGCAAGAGGACGAGCCUUCUGUGUGGCGUUAGCAUGUUCUCCCCGUGAGAGCGUGGGUUCUUCAACUUCCUCCCACAGUCCAAAGACUUGCAGCUUAGGUUAAUUGCUGACUCGUAGGAUGUGAGCGUGAAUGUCUCUAUAUGUCAGCCCUGUGAGGGUCUGGAGAGCUGCCUUCGUUCCAGCCCCCACGCGACCAUGAACAGGAUAAGCAGUUAAAGAUGAUGGAUGGAUCGUUCAGUAUUGGUAUUGAAUUAUUUAGAUGUUUGCAUUGUUUUAGAGUCGUAAUUUUAAACUUAGCAAUCUCAAAGUUAGGACUGUCGUGUACAUUAUUUUUAGGAGUUUCUCCUAACGUCAUGCAGUGGCUGCUUUUGGCCUGAGGAUGUUCUGUUAAUACCUCCAGAGUUUUACUUUUGUAUUUUCGACAUCUAGGCUUUUCUCUGAUCCGCCGUGACUUUCAAUGAGUCGGCAGGUAGGAGCUUCUGUAUCACUUUGAGCAUCUCUUCAGUGGGUAUCGUGGGUGUUUUGAAGACUAGGUCUGGGAACUUUUGGUUACGUAAACCCUCUCUCUCAACACCUACAUGUCUGCGCAACUUCAAACGAGUGUUCAAGCCCAAGCCCAUUACCUAAUGGUCACUAAAUGAAAUAAUGACAUUCAUGUUCACACUUUGUUCCAGCGAAUGUAAUC